AUGGCCACCGAAGCUUCCCCUGAUAAAUACAAGCAAGUUAGAGAAGAUAUCGCCAAGGCUUUUCCUAAUGAAAACUAUGAUGAUGGAUCUUUUGCUCCUGUUGUUCUUCGUUUAGCAUGGCAUGCAAGUGGUACUUAUGAUAAAAACCACAAGGACGGCGGUAGCGACGGUGCUACUAUGCGUUAUAAGGCUGAAGCAGAAGACCCUGCUAAUGCUGGUUUAGAACAUGCCAGAACUUUCUUGGAACCCAUCAAGGCUAAACACCCUUGGAUCACAUAUGCCGAUUUAUGGACUCUUGCUGGCUGUGUUGCUGUUGAACACAUGGGUGGUCCCCACAUCGAGUGGACCGGUGGUAGAAAAGAUAAGAAUAACGAAACCGACUGUCCUCCUUUGGGCCGUCUCCCUGACGGUGCUUUGGGUAAGGACCACGUCUUGGAUGUAUUUGUCAGCCGUAUGGGCUUCACAGUUCAGGAAACAGUUGCCUUAAUCGGUGCUCACACUGUUGGCCGCUGUCAUCGUGAUAGAUCCGGAUUUGAUGGACCAUGGACAUACAACCCUACUCGAUUCUCCAACCAAUUCUUUAAGCUCUUGCUUAAUACUAAGUGGGUCGAAAAGAAGUGGGAUGGACCUAGACAGUUCGUUGAUGAAGACGAUGAAAUCAUGAUGUUACCUACUGAUAUCGCACUCUUGGAAGAACCUUUCCGUCAAUAUGUUGAACUCUACGCCAAGGACCAACAAAAGUUCUUUGAUGACUUUGCUGCCGCUUUCCUCAAGCUGAUUGAAUUGGGCGUUCAAAAACGAGGCAGAUUAUAA